AUGUCAACUAUGUUGGGUGAUUCAGGUGAGUUACAAAUGAAAUAACCUAUUAUUCGGUUUUACUAACAUGUUUUUGUGCAGCUAACAUUGUAUCAGUAACGUUCCUCACUAUGUGCACUGUGUUAUGAGUAUUUUUGAUUAGGCUAAUGCGUGUAAUAUAAGUAAUAGGAUUUUGCCAGUUCUGGCACAGUCUCUUAUUUCUCACUUUAAAAACUAAUUUCUGAACUAUAUUUACAUUGUUUUAUUUCCUGUUCUUUAUUCACUUUAAAAUCUAAUUUUUGAUCUCUAUUUACAUUGUCUCUAUUUCCUGUUCUUUGUUUACAUGCAUAAAAUAAAAAUUUAAUUUAAAAAUAAUAAUAAAAACAAAUGUUACAUAAACAUUGCACUAGGAACAGUUCUCUUUAAAAAAAAUAAAUAAUAUAAUAUAGAUUAGAAAUAGAUUCUCAAAACUAAUUUAUAUUAAAAUUAUUACUUUUUUUUAUUAAAUUAUCAAGGUAUUCUCUGAAAUUUUCUCUUUCUAAUUUUGUUAAAUAAUGUCUCCAUAAAUUCCAAUUUUUGAAAAAUUAUCAAACUUAAUCCCUAGAUUAUCACAAAGGAUAUUAUCAAAUAAAAAAUUGUUUUCAUCACUUUUAAUUUCAAUUAAAUCAUUAUCAGAAACUUUAAUAUUAAUUUUUAAAAUAUUAUUUAAUUGUUCAAUAGUAUAAUUUGAUUUAUAAAUAUUAAUCAUUUUCAAAAUAUAUGUUUCCUUCUAGUUGCUUAAAUAUUUUUCAUUUUUUAAAUUUGGUGUUUUUUCAGCAGUUGCAGUAAAAAAUGUUUUUCCUGCCUCAAUAUCUUUUUGAGAAGGCCAUCUAUAGCCGAAUAAUUUUGAAUAUUUUUCUCCAUUAAGUUUUGUAACAUCAUUAUCAUUUACUUUAUAUUUAAAACCUAGACAAUCAGAUAAAUAUGAAUCGAAUCCAAUAUUAAAUGGAGAUGAUAUUUUUAAUAACUCAUUUUCAAGUGUAACUUUUGUGGUUUUAUUUAGACUUUAUUCUGGGUAACUAUUAAAUAUUUUUUAAAGAGAUUUUAAUAAAUACAAUCCAACUGUUAAUGUAUUCAUUGGUAUAUGUGCGUUUUUCUCAAUAAUAAAUUUACAUUCUUGAUUAAUUUGUAUAAUAAUUGUAGGUAAUAUAAAUUUUAAUGAAAAAUAUCCAACUAUAGUAUUUUUCAUUGUGUUAAAAUACUUAUCUUUUUCAAGAUCAAAACCUAAAUAUUUAUUUAACUUUUUAUCUAAUUUAAAAAAAAAAAAACAUUAGAUUUGAUAUUAAUUUUAUCUCUUUCUAUAGAAAUUAUUAAGGAUUUAACAAUUUUAUUUAAUUCAUCUAUAGUAUAUUUUCCAGAUUUUAAUUCAAUUAUAUUACCUUCAACUUUUAAUAAAUAAUUUGUUUCAAUAUUUAUUAAAUUUGAAGUAAUACUUAAACUUAAAACACCAACAAAUAAAUUAUCUCCAAAUAUAAGAUUUUCUAACUUUAUAAAUCCAUUUUUUAUUUUUAUUAUUCUCAUUUAUUAUAAAUAAUAUUUUUUUAUUUAAAAUAAAUUAAAAAUUUGUAGUAGAAAGAAUAUAUAAAAAUUAUAGAAUACAGAUAAAAUAUGGUUUAACUAUUCAAAUUCAAUCAAAUAAAAUAUUUCAUUGUUAUUAAGUUGUUUUACACAUUUACAAACCAAAAAGAUUUGCUCUUGCAUGUUUUUAUUGAUUGUUUCAAUUUCAUUAUGAGAAAAAUUAUUUAAAAAUCUAUCAGGUAAAAAUAAUUUAAAUUUAUCAUCUAAAAUAACACAUAAUUUGUCACCAUAUCUUGUUUUAUAAAUACUAAAAUAUUUGCAUAAAUAUUUCUGAUCAGUUUCUAAAUCACUUAAUAUAAUGAAUAUAAUUAAAGGUGACACUAUUUAAUUUAAUUUUAAAGUUUUCUAUUUAUUAUAGAAAAUAUUUUUAUUUAACUAAGUUUCAAAAAAAAUUUUUAAAUCCCAAUCCAAUCACAUGUAUGGUGGCCACCAAUUUUUUUUGUUUUUUCUCUCAGAUAUAAUUUUUUAUACACGAUUAGAUUGGGUUAACUAUUCUAAUGUUCUGAUCUGUUUGCCCAUAAUAUGAUAGCACUAAUUUUUAAUUCCGGUUGAACAUGAGUUUAUUACCAGGGAUAAUUUACUAACUUAUCAAAUCGUCCAACAAACAAUAUUUAAAAGCGGCACAAUCAUAUAACAGAUAUGAUAUACAAUGUUUUCAGCUUAUGGAUAUUAUAUCACACCAGUGGCUGAAUUUUUUUUUGUAAAUUUUUAAUAAAUUAUGUUGGGUUCGAACCUGCUACAUAUUGAGUUAUAAUCAAAGUAUUGACCACUAGACCUGAACACUAGGACAUUAAUGUAUAAUGAAGUUAGUACAUUUAAGUUAUAUAAAUUUAAUGAUAGAUUUUAUAAAUAAUAUAUAUUUAGGUAGGGGAAAUUUUUGAAAUGCUCUAACUUAAUCAAUAAUUAUUAGAAACAUGUAAAACAAAUACCCAUGUUAUUAUUAUUCUAAGCAUAGCAUUCCAAGCAAAGCCUGGUGUUGUAUAAUAAUAAACAGGAUCCAGCUUAAAAUCUCUUAAUGAAACAGCUCCAUAAUUUUCCAUUACAUCUGUAAGUAAUAAUACAUCUAUUUUAUUAUAAAGUAUGGUAAAGUCUCUCAUAUUUUUUAUUUCAAAUGUUUCCCUUAUUUUUUUAGCAUUUUCAUAUACAUUUUGUGUUACAUGUUCACCUGUAAGAGAACUGUACAUUUUAUCUAUAUUAGGUAGAGAGUCUAUCAUAUUUUUCUGGAGAAUCCAUACAUUCAUAAAAAAACGCUAAUUUUCCUUUUACUAAAUCUAAUUGUUCAGGAUAAUGUUUAGAUGGUUCUUUAAACUAGUAUAAUUUUAAAGUUUUAACUAAUUUUUUUACAGAACUUGAAAGAAUCAAGAAAUCUUAUUUUAGUUGUUUUAAAAAUAGGUUUUCCUUUAUCAUCUAAAACAGAGUCUUCAGUUUCUGGAUCUAAUAUCUCAUAUAUUAUGGAUCUAUAAAUAUUUUUCAUUAUUUAAAUUUGGCAUUUUUACAGCAGUUGUAGUAAAAAAUGUUUUUCUUGUCUCUAUAUCUUCUUUAGAAGGCCAUCUAUAGCCGAAUAAUUUUGAAUAUUUUUCACCAUUCGGUUUUGCAACGAAUAUAAUCCAACUGCUAAGGUAUUCGUUGGUAUAUGUCCAUUUCGCCCCAAUAAUAAAUUUACAUUUUUAAAUAAUUGGUAUAAUCUCAUCUUCAGGAUUAGGUAAUAAAAAUUUUAAUUGAAAAUAUCCAACUAUAGUACUUUUCCUUGUGUUAAAAUACUUAUCUUUUUCAUGAUCAAAACCUAAAUAUUUAUUUGACUUUUCGUCUAAUUUAAAAAAAAAAAACAUAAGAUUUGAUNCCUUUACAAACCAAAAAGAUUUGCUCUUGUGUGUUUUUAUUGAUUGUUUCAAUUUCUUUAUGAGAAAAAUUAUUUAAAAAUCUAUCAGGUAAAAAUAAUUUAAAUUUAUAAUCUAAAAUAACACUUAAUUUGUCACCAUAUCUUGUUUUAUCAAUACUAAAAUAUUUUUAUAAAUAUUUCUGAUCUAUUUAGUUUCUAAAUCAUUUAGUUUAAUGAAUUUAUAAUUAAAGGUGGCUAUUCAAUUUAAUUUUAAAGUUUUCCAUUUAUUAUAGAAAAUAUUUCUUUUAACUAAGGUUCAAAAAAUUAAAAAAUAUGGAAAAAAUUUGUAAUAGUUUUCCCAAUCCAAUCACAUACAUGGUUGCCACCGAUUUUUUGUUUUUUUCUCACACUUUUUUCAUAUAUUAUUUUUUAUACGUGAUUGAAUUGGGUUAACUAUUGUUCUAAUUUUCUGAUCUAUUUAUCUAUCAUAUGAUUACACUAAUUUAUAAUUCCAGUUGCUCAUGAGUUUAUUACCACAGAUAAGCUACUAACUUAUCAAAUUGUCCAACAAACAACAUGUACAAGUGUCACAAUCAUAUAAAUAUAAUAUAUAUAAUAUAAUAGUGACUGAAUUAUUUUUAGCAAAUUUGUAUAACUUAUUGUGGUUCAAACCUAGUAUCUAUUGAAUUAUAAUUAAAGUAUUUACCACUAGACCAGAACACUAGGAUAUUAAAGUACAAUGAAAUUAGUCCAUUUAAGUUUUAUAAAUUUAAUAUUAUUUCAAUAUAAUGAUAGAUUUUAUAAAUAAUAUAUACUUAGGAUGGAGAAAUAUUUGAAAUGCUCCAACCUAUUCAAUAAUAAUCAGCAAAAUGUAAAACAAAGACCCAUGUUAUUUUUGAACUUACUUACACUGCAUACUAAAAAUUGAUUUUUGGGUAGUCCAAUUUUGAGAAUUUUUGAGUUUGAAUAUCUCAGCGAGAAAUCGUCGUAGCUCAAUUUUGUUUUCAUCUACUCCGAAUAAACCUUAAACGAUCUUUUAGAAAAUGUUAUCAAAUUUUGUCUUUAGUGAUUAGUAAGGGAUUUUGGAUUCCACUGAAUCGAUUAACUUCAAAUUUUAUAUAUACCUUUAAAAUAUGAUCUUUGUUAACUAUAGAAAUUUGGUAAAAUUCUAAAAGAUAGAAAUAAAUUUAUUAACACUACAAAUUGUAAUGCUAUAAAUAGUAGAUAUAAUAUUUUAAUAACACAAAAAAUAUUAUUAGGUAUAUACGUUUUGACCUAAUUAAUCAUUAUCGAUUUGUAUGCAACGUUUAUCUAUUUUAUGCGUAAUAUAUUAUAUUAUUUAUUUUUGUUAAAGAGAACUGUUCCUAGUGCAAUGUUUAUGUAACAUUUGUUUUUAUUAUUAUUUUUUAAAUUUAUUUUUAUUUUAUGCAUGAAAACAAAGAAUGGGAAAUAAAAACAAUGUUAAUAGAGAUCAGAAAUUAGUUUUUAAAGUGAUAAAUAAGAGACUGCGCCAGAACCAGUAUAUUCAUACUACUGAUAUAUAUAUAAAUAUAUAUGUAGAAAACAUACCAUAUCACACGUAUAUUUAGAAACAUAUAAUUUCUAUUUUAUGUUUAACACAAUUUUUGUAUAAUAUAUAAUAUAAUAAUUUGUAUAAUAGUAAAAUAAUAUAUUUUUAUAAUAUUGAUAGGCGUAGCUAUAAUAUUAUAUUUUAAUAUAAUAUUAUAUUCAUACUACUUUGGUAUAACAUGGCUGUAACUUUAUGGUUUAAUAAUAUUAUUGAAAAAAAAAAUUAUAUAUAUAUCAUAUGCCCACUCAUAUUAAUUAAAUAAUUCCUAUAAAGUUAACAUUAUGUGUACAAUGAGGAUAAUUUUAAACUACAGCCUAUGACUAACAUUAUUUUAAGGGAAAGAUUUUAUCAUUAUUUUCUAUUUCUAAUUUGUUAUUUAUUUUACCAAUAUGUUUUAAAAAUGUAAAUCAAAAGUUUUUAACAUACACUUCAUUUGAGUAUUUUGGUUGCUAAGGUGAAAUGUACUUAAUUAAGUUCCCUUACUCAAAUUAUUGCUGUAAUUAAUAAUAUUUUGAAAGGCCAUAAACUAACAUUUUUAUAUCUAGAUUUUAGUUAACCGUUUUCAUUAAAUGUGCUCUUUUAGAUUUUAAAACUGUAGUUCAUAAAUUACCAAAUCUGAAACCUCAAUGUUAUUAACUUAUAUUUUUAGUAAAUAUUUUGAAGUGUAAUUCAAAAAAGUGACUUUAUUUUUUUACAAAAAUAAACAUUUUGUGAAAAAAAAAACAUAUUUUUAUGUGUAAACUAAAUUUUUUAUUAUAGUUGAAGAAUUAAAUAUGCCAAACUCUAGCAGUGCAUCUACAAGUUCUAACCAUAUUGAUAAUACUAAUCUGAAAUAUAAGCUUCCAUUUGCUCAUGGUAAGUGUAUUUGUGUAUUAUUUUGUUAUUUAUAUUUCUUAUUUUUGGGGUUUUUGUCAUUAAGACUAUAUCGUCACACCAUCAUUCAAUUUUUCCUGCUAGCUAAUUUUAUUUGUUACUCUGAUUCUCCAUCAAACUAAUGUUCUGUAAAGUGUUGACUUGCACUGACUGUGAACUCAUGUUUAGUGGCAAAUUUAACCAUUGGUUAUAGUGCUGAACGGACAUAGUAAGAGUGGACCUUUCGAGAUUUCAAUCUGCACUACAUCUACCCAACUCAAAUACUGUUUUAAAUUUAUAAGUUAUUUUUUUUUUAGGAUGGAAACGAGAAUUGGUCUACAGGAAUCCAAAGUCAGAUGAUCCUACUACUACAAGCAAUAAAACAAACAAAAAAGCUGAUGUGUACUAUCAUUCACCAGAAAACAAACAGUUCCGAUCAUUAGUACAAAUUAAGAAAACCCGUAAAGCUUUAAAAUUUCCCUUAACAAUAGACAAUUUUUCAUUUAAAAAAGAAGCAAUUGGAAUUGAUGAUCCGUUAAAAGAAAUAAUUAGAAAUGCGAAAUCUAAAUCAACUAAGGUAAGAUAUGUUUUUGAACAUUUUAUUGAAUGUUGUUUAAUAUUGGUUUCUAUAAUUUAUAAUGUGUUUUUAGGAUGACAGUAGUUUCAAAUCAGGUGAAACAAGAAAGCCAUUACAUCAAUCUGUGAAUGAUUUUUCAAUGGUUUCUUCACCAAAACGUCCAAAACUGGAUAAUAUGGACAAUUCUAUAAAUAUUAAACAACGGUAGUAUAUAAAUUUUAUUUAAUAAUUUUAUUGCUUAAACAGUCUUCUGUUUGUUAGUUUCUAAAUUGCCCUUACAAAUUUAUUGCUGAAUUAAGGGGUUGUUAUCCUUACACUUCCUUCAUAAUACUUCCUCAAUCAAACCAUAUGCCUGAAUGGAUUAAAAUAGAUUAUCUAUAUCGGAUGGAGAAGUUAUCACGAAGGCUCCAUGGGGAAUUAUCUGUAUGACAAUAAAAUAGACGUGUGCAGUCAUCACAUACUGUAGUUGUUGGAGUUUCGAAACCAGAACAAUUGACCUGUCUAACCAAUUUGUAUAGUACGAGUAUAUCAAACAUCAGAUUUUUCUAAUUUAUUUAUUGAUAAAACAUCAGUUUCCUAAAGUGAAAAACAAUACAAUAAGAUCAAUGGACAUAUUGAUGAAGAUGAUUCGUUUAUAAACGUAGUUACAUGCCAAGGGAAUGUUUGUAAAACUGUUACGUCAACAUCAAUUUUCCGAGCCCUCCUCCCAUGUGAAAAUAUUUAAUUUUUUUUUUUACAUUAGGUUUGUAAGUCGUUUGUAAAUGUUUGUAAAAAUACAAUUUUCGUUUGCAAAGAAAACCAAAAAAAAGUAAUUUCCAUUUCAAAAUGGGGAGGUCUAAAUAACUGUGAUGAUGAACAUAAAAUAGAUCCAUUUAUGUUCAUUAUGUUCAAAAUAUUAUCUGAUAGCAAAGCCACUCCUAAAGACAAAUUAAAUAGGUAUUGAAUAAUAUUUAUGAAUAUUAUUAUCAGGAUUCCUAAAUUCAUGCAUUUUCAUGUUUAUUGAACUACAUAAAAAGAAAAUGCUGAUUGAAGUUAAAAUUUAUUUCAUGAUAUCUUGCUAUCAGUUAUACAACAGUAAUACUUAAUAUUACCAGAUCCUUAGUUUUUGAUGAGUUUACUUUUAAAUAAUGAUGCACCGUUGAUAAUUUGUUCAUGAGUUAAUGCAGUUGAAUUCACAAUAAACUAUAUUAUGAUUACCUACUUGUGUAUACCCAGUACAUAAUAAAAGAAUACUAUUUUAAUAAUGGAAUUUUACUACAAUCAAUCGUUUAACAACAAUAAUUCUAUUCUAAUAGUAUUUAUAUUUCAUUAAAUCCCUAACUUAGUACAGUAAAAUAUUCCUAGUAAAAAUCAUUAUUUAUAAAUCAUCCUAUAUGUUAAUUAUUUAGCCCUCCCCAUUUUAAAAUACUUUUUUUGGUUUUCUUUAUAAAACGAAAAUUGUAUUUCUACAAACUUUUACAAAAAGUUGAACAGGAAAAGAAUAGUUUUUCAACCUUUACCCAUUUCUUGAGCCCCCUCACUAUAAAAUGACAAUAACUUUUUAAAAAACCUUUACAAACUACUUACAAUAUAAUGUAAAAAUUUGGUUUUUAUUUUUUCACUUGGGGGGGGGGGGAAAUGGACCUGUUAUGACAGCUGGCAGUUUUCAUGAACAAUAUGUGUAUGAAAUGAAACUGAAGGCUUUUGGGUGCAAGGACCUAAAAUUCAGAUGAGUGAGUAAAUAUUUAAUUUUCCCUUUAUUUUGGGAGAAUGUAAUAUUGCUAGGCUCAAAAUAGCAUUGGUCAUUAGUGUUAUAUUUUAUGAAUGAGAUCAAGUUAAUAGAGAAUAUUUUUUAAUUCAAUUGGUUUUGUUUGUUUUCAGAUUUGAGCGGAAAAUCUACAUCCUUAAUUUCCCUUUAACCCCUUAUUUUAUUUACUUAUUAUUUUAUUCAAAUUCUAUAUGACCUUUUUUGUUUGCAUGUUUAAAUGUAGUAUACAAUAUAUAUGUCUGGUCGAGAACAUACAAAUGAAAAAAUAAGAUUUUUCAAUUUAAAACCAGGAAAUAAUAAUAACUCAAUUAUUUGUAUUAAAUUAUUACAGAUCAUCUGAAAUCAAUAAGAGCAAUAUGGACAAUUCAUUGAAGUAUGUUUUCCCAUAUUUAGGAAUGAAAGAUCGUUUAACUGUAACCAAAGUGUGUCCUUCUUGGAGAAAUAUUUUAGCCGAUAAAUAUGUAGUAAGAACAAUUUAGUAAUUUUUAUAUUGAUUCAUAGUGCACAAAUUUGAAUAUCCUAAAAAAAAUUAAUUUAAGACUCAAAAACUAUUGACAAAUUUAUUAAAACUGUGCUAUUACAACAACAAUAAAAUAAAAAAUAAUACCUAAAACAAUGACAUAUUAUAUAGUAUUUUUUUAAAUUUAAAAUAGCUUCUCCUCCACUAAGGUUAAGAGAAAUCUAAGCCAUAUCAUAUUGAUGUUAUUUGUAUAAACUACUUUUUUUUACAUAAUAUAAAUUAGUUUUUUUAAUAUUUCUUAAAAAAUCAAUUGGUAAAAUCUGUAAUAAAUCAUUUUUCGUAAUAAGAUAAAUUGUGUAUUUAAUCACUUCAGCAGUCAAUAUAUAAUAAAAUUUACAAAUGUAUUUAAAUCUAAGCCUUAGAUUUCAAAUAAUUUUCUUAUAGUUUAAUCAUUGACUUAUUAUUUUAGUUUCAAAUGAUUAUUUUUUUUCUAGUGGAAAUAUGUUUGUUUGAAAAAUGUGAAGAUUAGUGACUGGAAGACACUGAUAGACUUUAUAACCGAAAAAGAAUCCAUUUUAUUAGACAUUCGUGACAUAGUAGUACCUUCAAAUAUCGAUGACUAUCUCAAGUUUUGGAGAUAUUUUUCUAGUGUAAUAAUCAAUGCAACUAAAUUAAAGUAUCUUAAAAUAAAUGGAUGCCCAAUUAUUGUUAUUCAUAAUGUUAUGCGUUCAUUACAUCAACUUGAAAUACUUGAUGUCCAUUUAAUACAGUAAUAUUAAGAAUAUGAUCUUUUUAUAUUUUACGAAAUAUGUAGCUAAUGAUUUAAUUUUAUUAUUUCUCAGACAUUCACAUCCAUUAAAAUGUUCGUACUUUGACAUAGACUAUGUGAGCAAAAUGAUAAAUCUAACACAGUUACGAAUAAGAAAUCUAACUGGACUUAAGCUAGUACAUUCGCCAGAACUAACGUUUUCAUGUUUGACCAAACUAAAGACUUUGGUAAGUUAUCAUAGUUGUACUUAAAGAACUCAAAUUAUAAUUCUGUUGUAGGUGGAGAAGUUUAUAAUAUUUUUAGUUCUAUGAACCACUAAUUGUUUUCAAUUACAUUAAUUUUUCUUGAAAAUAGGGUUGUCAUAAUUUCAUAAAGAAAAUCCAGGACGAAUAGAAUAAUUACAAAAUAACAAUAUGAGAUAAUCAUAUUAAUCAUAUUAAAUAGCUAAAUAAUUUAUAUGUAUUAAAAAAAAAACUGGACUAAUUAUCUUAUAAACCACAACAAUACAGCAAAAAUUGUAAUUAUUUUUCCUAUCCUGUAUUUGUUAAAAAUAUUAUCUAUACCUUUUGAUUAAAGUUAUUGUUCUAAAAAAUGUUGAAAAUUAAAUACUAUUUAUUUUUUCUCAACACCAGGACAUGUUGGCAUACCAACAUUUAUUUUUAGGACACCAGUACAUCAAUUCAAAAACCAGUGAUAGUUCCAGUUUUCCAGGACUAUGGCAACCCCACCAUUAAAAAUAUAUAAAUACACAAUAUAAUUAUUUAACUAAUUAUACUUGUAUACCAUUUAUUUAUUUAAAUUUUUGUUUAUAAUAUUUUUUAUGGUUUUACUUCUGUUUAUGUUUUUAAUUUUAUUGUGUUGUUAUUAAUUUUUUUUUCUAGUCAUUAACAUACUCUUCAUCCAUUGAAUUAGUCCCUGCAAAUGUCUGCAGGCUUAUGGGAACAAUUUCAAUUGACCUGGAAGUUUUAGAAAUAGGAGACUGUGAAUGCUUACCUGAUGAUUUUCCUAUGUAUUUAAAAAAAUUUAUCAAUUUAAGAUCCUAACGAUUAAUAAAUUGCUAUGGUAGAUGGUCAGAAUACGCAAAAGAAUAUUUUUCUGCCAUUAGAUCUUUGAAAAAGUUGAAGAACUUAGAAUUAGUGGGCAUUGCAUUCGAUCAAUGUGUGAAAGAACAAUUAGAACAAUGUGAUGGUAUAACUGGUUUGCUAAUAAUUCCUAUCUAUUACUACCUAGGAGUAAGUAUUAUACUAUUGCAAUUUUUAACAUACUUAUUGAAUCCUACUAAAAUUAUGUAUUCUUUUAGAUAGCAAACACCAAUUGUGACUUAUUUCAUUGCUUUGAAAAACUCUCCAAAACAUUAACACACAUAAUUUGGGGAAUAACAGAGGAGGUCCUUGACAUGGGUGAUGUAUACAUUGCUGAUAAUAUAAAAAAUCAGCGUAGUCUUGGCUACAUUAUGGGUAAACCACAAACAAGAGAACCUAAAAACAAUGUCCCAAUUUCAAGGUCAAGGAAACUACAACCACAACCUGAAGACCCUGGAAGAGAAGAAGAAGACUUUUAUAGUGACGAGGAAGAUGAUGUUCAAAUACUGACUGUAUCAUUCCUACAAUACUGGUUGAAUUCAAUAAUGUUAAAGGCUAAGUGUAAAGUAAUUAGGGUACCCUACACAGAUGAUAAUGAAAUUUAUUUAUCAAAACAGUUUAAUGAUCUUUAA